CUCGGCUUCAAGAUUCGGUUUACCGCGAAUCGUACUGUAUUCUAAAUGCAUCCGCCGCUAGGAAAUCGGUAGAGGUCCGAUGACACCCUUGCUCACAAAGCCUCACUCAGGGUCAUCUCUAGUCGCCCAUCACGAUUUCCUCAAAGCAUCAAUCACACGCUCCCCAGUCGUCCAGGUGCGUCUUCAGGCGCGUCUUCCCAUAACCAUUGCCUUGUUCAGGUCGCAGCGGGUUUUCGUCAUUGCCUUAUGGGUAUCGCUGAGGUCCUCCUUUAUUGCCUUUUUCGAGUUGUUCAUAUCCUCGUUCAGUUGGUCACGUCUUCAUUCAGCACCUUGGCGAUAUCCUCCGAUAAUUUCGAGCCAUUCCGAUGUUGCACUCCCAAGAUAAGUCCCGUAAGCCUUCCGACCCCCAAGGCCUUUCUCCACCACAUUUUCUUAGUGCUCCUAUCCUUCAACGGCUCGCUUGCGACCGACCCAUCUAUGCUCACUGCGAGGGGACUGGACAGUGGGCGUAGUGGGGUCGGGCGGGGAGGUGGAAGACGUGCCUUGUGGCGACAUGUCCAAGCAGGAAGGAGAGAGGAAAAAAGCUUUCACGGUGAAGCGAUACCGGUAGGGCGCCCCGCAGGUUUGCCACACCUGUACGGUAUAUACAGUAGUAGGUACACAUGUUAGGU